AUGGUUAACAGUGUAUUUAUUAUUGUUGUUUUAAUACUUCAAUUACAAAAAGAUUGUUUGCAUAUUGAAUGGCCUCUUGGCCCGUUAGUUAAUCAAACACGAGUUCAAUGUGGAGGUGGUGGUGGUGAUUUUGACCCAGAGGGGGAAGAGUGGGUAAUGAGCAGAUUGCAAUUAGAGCCAAUGGGAUUUGUUUUUAUUGUCUUCUUUCUUGUUAUACUUUUUAUACAGUUUCUUGCCAUGCUCUUCCAUCGUUUUGGUACAAUUACCCAUAUAAUUGCCUCUACUGAACUUUGUUGUUCUCAACAAACUUUUGAUAAACUUAGUGAGGAUGAAUUAGUAGCUCAUAAUGCUGUUGAGAUUGCUAGAGAACUUCAAUCAUUUAAAGGUCUAAAUAUAAAUAUACCACAACAACAACAAAAUACUAACAUAACUCAACAACAAAAAUAUUUUGUACAACCAAAUCAACAACAAUUCCAACAACAACAGAAUCAAAUAUUUAAUAUUAAUUUACACCAACAACAAUUACCAACAACAUCCUCCAAUUUAAAUAAUAAAAUGGAUACUUUGGAUGCUGCUUUUAAAAAAAGAUUUUUUGCUUUAUCAACAACAAAUAAUCAACAACAAAAACAAAUUAUUGGAAAUAAAAGUUUUGGAAGAAAUUUUACUUUAAGGAAAAGAACAUUGAGAGCAAUUGAACAAAGAGGAGGGGGAGGGGGAAAUCUAAGAAUUUCAAAAAAUCCAAAUAUUCUUCAAUCAUUUUCUGACAGUGAAGAGGAAGGGGUAUUUGAAGUAAAUAAAAAACAAAGAAAUGAAGGCCCAGCAAGAUGUCAUCAAUUAGAAGAACUUUUUAGAAAAAAUAAUAAAAAAGGGCCGAAUAAUAAAGUAAUUAGGGGAAAUGGAAAAAAUAAAAAAAUAUCUUGGAAUGAAUAA